CUACUCUUCAUACACGCGUAUAAAAUCCUGCGGCUGUCUCAUCUCUUCUCUUCUCGCGAAUAUCAAGAAGAAACUCUCAGCCAUGGCAGAAAGAGGUGGUGCAGGAGGCGACAGAGGCGCUUUCCGUCGAGGUUUUGGUGGAGGUCCGCGCGGAGGCCGCGGUAGGCGCCGUGCUCGAAAAGAAGAAGAGGAAAAAUGGGUACCGGUAACAAAGCUAGGCCGCCUUGUGAGGGAAGGCAAGAUCCGUUCAUUGGAGCAAAUAUAUCUCCACUCACUCCCCAUCAAGGAGCACCAGAUCAUCGACCAGCUGGUCGGCCCUUCCCUGAAAGACGAGGUCAUGAAGAUCACCCCGGUUCAGAAACAGACUCGAGCCGGCCAGAGGACCCGGUUCAAGGCCUUCGUGGUGGUAGGUGACGGAAACGGGCACGUAGGUUUGGGUGUUAAGUGCUCGAAGGAAGUGGCUACUGCAAUCAGGGGGGCCAUCAUCCUCGCCAAGUUGUCUGUAAUUCCUGUGAGGAGAGGUUAUUGGGGCAACAAGAUAGGGAAGCCCCAUACAGUGCCGUGUAAGGUUACGGGUAAGUGCGGGUCGGUUACUGUGCGAAUGGUGCCCGCACCCAGAGGUGCUGGAAUCGUGGCUGCACGGGUUCCCAAGAAAGUGCUCCAGUUUGCUGGGAUUGAGGAUGUGUUUACGUCGUCGAGGGGAUCCACGAAAACUCUUGGGAAUUUUGUCAAGGCCACCUUUGAGUGUCUCCUGAAGACAUAUGGUUUCCUGACACCUGAUUUCUGGAGAGAGACCCGAUUCACCAAGUCUCCAUUCCAGGAGUAUACAGAUCUGUUGGCAAAGCCUACAAAGACUAUCAUCCAAGAAGAGCUCGAGAGAGUUGACGCCUGAUCUCCCUCCCUUCCCAUUCCUCUCCCACUGCUCCUGUUCGUUCGAAGAAGUUCCUAAGCAGAGAAUAGCAAGUAUAGGUUGUUAAGAUAAUGACUUGGAUCGUUUUUUUCUAUUUUGAUAUUAGAUUCUUUUAGUUUCAUUUUCCUGUUGUUAUUGUCCCAGGCAAAUUUGGUUUAUGUUUUUGGAAUUCUAUUUGCACUUUUUUAUGGGUAAAACUUGUGCAAUUUAAUCAUUCUAGCGGCUUGGUAAAGACUAUGUGGAUGAAUUUGAAAUGAAUGUAUUACACAAA